UCUUUUUUUCUGUUUUUAUAGAAACAUUUCACAUUUUCCAUAAAAGAUGGAAAUUAUUGAUGUGUUAAUAAUAGAAUUUGUCAUGCAUGUAGCUAAGCAAAUGUUUGAAAUGAGUUUUCAAACAUUUGUGUUGAACAGGUUUGUUUUUUUUAACUGCUGUUUGAGAAGCUUCUCUGGCGGUAAUAUUUUUUCUGCUCUAGUAUCUCUUUGAUUUUGUCUUGAAAUAGAUGAGCUGCGCUGUAGAUAGACCCUCCUCCCCAUCCUUUAAAGUCAUCAGGAAGUUUUUUUUAACAGAGCUGUGAAAGGUGUUGUGCUUCAUUUUUCUUUGAAAAGCCUGAGGUGAGGGUCGCAGAGGUGAAUCUUGAUGCAGAAUUUUCAGUAAAUAUUGAAGGAAUUGAUUAAAAUAAAAAGACACAGUUGGACUAAAUUUGAAGUCAGCUGAAGCCUCAGCAUGAUGAGCCGUCCACAGAAAUACAUAGAAGGUCAAGCUCUUGAUGCUCAACAUGCAAAAUCAAACAAUGCGUUAAAGCUCAGAGUGGCCGUGCUGGUUGUCUGUGUUCUCCUGGUAUCGGCUCUCGUGGUAACUUAUCUCUUGUUGGAGCUUUUGAAAACCAGGGACAUGCUCAGAAACCUUGAGAUGAAGCAGGAAACUGUAAAAGCUCAUGUCACAGAGAGACCUCCUGAAAUCAAACCAUGUAGUACAGUGCAGCCCUCAUGCCCGGAGCCUGAAGUAAAAAUUAUAACACAAACGUGCAGCCCAAUACAAACUACAAGCCCACAACCUCCUGAAAUAAACAUGAUAAAACAAUCACACAGCACGAUACCGACUACAACCCCACAACUUCCUGAUAUAACUAUGAAUGAUCCAUGUUAUAAAUGUGAAGAUGGCUGGGAGCAACAUGGAGGAAAGUGCUAUUACUUCUCCACCAAUUCCUCCUCCUGGAAUGAGAGCAGAACUGAAUGUAGGACUAAAGGAGGAGACCUGGUUAAGAUAGACAGCAGUGAGGAGCAGAGAUUCUUGCAGACAAAAACUGAAAAAUUCUGGAUCGGACUGACAGACUCAGCAGAAGAGGGCAGAUGGCUGUGGGUGGACGGAUCACCACUGAAUGAAAGCUUGACAUUUUGGUUCGAUGGCGAGCCAAAUAGUUAUCCCGUGGAAGAUCCUGAUGGAGAGGACUGUGCGAUGAUGGGGCACUGGGAGAUAAUGCUUUGGUUUGAUAAUUCCUGCAAAAGAACUUUUAGAAGUAUUUGUGAGAAAGCAGCUGUGGCUGUGUGUGUCUAAAAUUCAGUUCAGCAUAAAAAAAAAAGGACAGUGGAAGUAAAGGACACAUUGAGACAAUUUUUCCAAAGCUAAUGCUGCAAACAUUUA